UAGGGUAGAUCAAGGGAAAGAGUUCAAACUUGAGCUGUUCGAUCCGAAGUCCAAUUGGUUUGGCAACGCGUAAUGAAAAUCAACAUUUGCAAUGUUAGUUUUCCCACUAUAAUUUUGAUGUUCAGACAUUCUAGGAUGACUGAUUCGUAUGAUUCACUUUUUGAAGUACACAUAACUCUCGGAUUUAAAUCCGAAGUUUCCGCAUUUAUUUUUAUAAGAAAAAUACGCCAAGAUUUGAGUUUGUGCUUCGGGUCUUGGCUUUCAAACCCCUGUAACUUCGGAUAGGAAUGCCAAAAAUGAAAACGCUCGAUUUUACCUCUGGAGAACACUUCCAAGUAUUAGUGGUAAAAAUUGCAGUCCGAUUAGACAUAAUUUAAGGAGGGUCGUAAUGUGUCAAGAUCGAGAAAAUCGUGAUUUUGAGAUACGCUAAGAAAAAAAAAACAAUUUCCUUACGAUUACUAUGAAAAAAAUUUUUUUUUUAAUUCAGUAACUCUGUAAUAGUAAGGUAUUUAGAGCCGCUUAAUGUGUCUAAUUGUACACAACACUUGAAGCUAUGGUAUCUUAUGCUCAACUCGAAAUCGAGUUUUUGAUCGAAAAAGAGGGGGGGGGUACCUUUAAAUUGAAACGCGCCCGUAUUGAAAGAGAAAAAGAAAGAUAUGUUUCAUAGUUCAUCAUAUCAGUCGGAUAGGAAUAUUCUCCGUCAAAAUUGUUGAUUUUUUUUAAAAGAAAAAGGAAGCGAUUAUACCCUGUUUCCUCAUUCAUCAUAAAUAAGUGUCACCGUCACAUAAAUUGAUCAUUGUAUAUUAAAUAUCUGUUCUCCUUAUUGGAAUUCUUUCUAUCCGAUUCAGGUAAAAAGACGGUUGUUUUGUUUUUAUCAAAUUUUAUUUUCAAAUGGAUAAUUCUCUUCAUAAAAAGCCUUUAUAUGAAAAAAAUCACCCGAUAAAAUAAGUCUGUUAUCAUCUUGAAUAUAUAGGAAAGAUAGAAUAUGAAAUUCUGGACAUUCCUAUCUAUUUAUCAAAACAGUUCGUUCUGUUCUACAAAAAUGGUAUAUUGAUUAUGUUCUCUCUCAGAUCAUUCCGGAUAAAAAUGAAUGGCGUAGAAGUAUUAAUGUCGGUUAGAUAAAUUGAAAAUAAAUUUUUAUUUUAAUUUAGAUAAAAUGAUAAAUAAAUUAGAAAAUCUUCCAAAUGAAAUAUUUCUAAUGAUAUUUUCUCAUAUGACAUUGUUUGAAAUAAUUGAAUCAUUUUCUUCAUUAAAUAAACGUUUAAAUAAUAUAAUUUAUUUAAAAUUUUUAAUGAAUAAAAAUGAAAUUGUUAUUAAUAAAAGAUGUUUAUCGUUUAAUAAAUGUUAUUCAAUAAUAACAUCUAAAAUUAAUGAUUUAUCAUUUAUUUUAAACUGUAUACAAUCGAUUUAUAUCGAUGGGAUAAAUGUAAAUUGUUGUGAUAUUAUAUCUGAAUGGAUAUUUCAUUCGAAAAUUCUUCGUUUUAUUAAUCUUAAAAAAGUUAUUCUUCGAAAAUGUUAUUUAACUGAAAACUUAAUUGAAAAUUUAUCACUACUUAUUGAAUAUCAAUUGAAUGAAUUAGUAUUAACAUUUGAUAAUGAUGUAUUUCAAUCAUAUCAAUGUCAAAGAUUGUCACGCAUAAUUCGCUGUAAACAAAGAUCGAAUUUGAUGUUAAUGUUUGAAGAAUUUAUACGUAAAUUAUUUUCCAAUAAAUGUCAUUUAACAUCGCUCGAACUUGACAUAUCAAACGAUGAUAGUUGUGUUAAUAUUCAUAAAUUUCUAUCAUUAACUUAUAAUAUUAAUUCAGAUGUAAUUCACAAUGAAAUUGUUACUCAUUGUAAAAGUCUUCGUUAUUUGAAGAUUGAUUUAAUUGAUGGUUCUUUUCUUGAAAAUCUUAUUGAACAUGUACCUAAUCUUGAAAUUUUAUCAGUUCAAUUUAAACAUACAUUAAUGAAAAAAUUAUCGGAUGAGCCGCAAAUGAAAAGAUUUGCAUCAAGUAUUAUCAAUUGGUAUACUAAGAUGCCACAAUUGAAAUUUUUCACUUUAAAAAGUGUUAUUCUUAACGAUUCGCAAUUAAAUUACCUAAAAUGGAUUAUUAAUAAAGUUAAUUAUAUUGAAAAAUUAAAAGUUCGUCUUCAUAUAAAAGAUUCAAUGAACAAAAAUAGUGUUAUUGAUGUAAAUUUCUUUCGUAAAUAUAUAAUGCCUGAUAUAUUAAUUCAUUUAAUUGAUUUUGAUUUUUAUAUUGUCUCAAGUUGUAAAUUAUUAUUUGAAAAUGAUAUUCAAAGAAUAAUUGAUUCAUUUAAAACCGAUCAGUUUUUUAUUUAUCGUUAUUGGAUAAAUAUUCAAUGUUAUUUCGAUUCAAUUAUGUCAUAUCAGCAUAUAUCAUCAACAACACUAAUUAAGCCGAUAUUUUUUCAUGGGAUUAUAGAUUAUCCAAUAAUUUUCGAUUGGGAAUGUGUCAAAUACAUGAUGAUUAAUUUAUGUCCAUCAAUUAUUGAAUGUCUAAAACAAUUUGAUAUUCUAUAUCCUCAUAUAAAAUCUAUUCAAUUUAAUAUGGGACGACACAAUCAAGUUAGUGAAUCCGAAUAUUCGGUGUUUUUACGUUCAUUAUUGGAUGUUGAAUAUUGUCAAUUGACUGAUAUUCAUUUUCGAUACGUUACAAGACUUAAUUUUGGAUCUGCUUUUUUUCGUAAUUCUGCAUAUCACGAUAAACUGAUCAAUCGAAAUAAAUUACGCGCAGAAGUUCUUGCCUAUCUUAUUUCAAUGCCAAUUCAACUGAUUUAUCUACGAAUGGAACAAUUUCAAUGGCUAUUGGAUCUUAUUGAAUAUGCAUCUGAUAAACUAAGAAAAAAUGCAUUAAGUACCAUUCGACAUGCUGAAUUUUGUCUCCCGAGUUGCCAUUAUGGUUCAAAUGAAUCAAUUCAUAUGGAAAAAAACUUGGUAUCAGUUUUGAGUUGUUAUAUGCCACAUACAGAAACAUUACGUCUUUGGAGAGAUGAUGAUUUUCCUUGGACAUCAAUUCGACCAGAAUAUGAAACAGAGCGUAUGUGUCAAAUUUAUAGUGGACGAUGGAUUGAAUCUUUACGAACAUUUCAAUCAAUUGUUGACCAUGUUGCAGUUUUUGAACAAAAUCUUUGUCAAUUAGUUCAAAAUUUGAAAGAAUUGGUUUUUAUCGAUAUUUAUGGACGAAUUCAUCCUGAAAAAAUCGAACCUUUUCGUUCUAUGGUUAAAAGUCGUUUUCCAAACAGUCGACUUCAUAUUGAAAUGUCAAAAUUUCGUCUUUGGAUUUGA